AGUACAUGGUGCCACUGUUUCAGUAAGGGGCUUCUCUCUCUUCUCUCUAAUACAUUUAUGCUCUUUCCUCAUCAAUGAUUUGUAGCAGAAGACAAGAUGGUUUUAUCAUCCUGGAUGCCCCGGCUUAUUAACCGUUCAUAGACUGUACCCAAGCCCAGGAGGUGCAGCUGUUGUAGAACUACAAAUGUCAGCAUGCAUCUUCCUACAUAUUCCAUCGCUUUGUAAACAGUUACUGUACAACUGUUUUCAAUAAAUUUUGUUGACAGAAUGUUUUCCGCUCGCGGUGGCUAGGGCGCUGGAACGCUACACGUCACUUCCGGCUGUCAGUGGGAACAUGGCGGCGCCCAGGGGACACGCGUUACUUCACCGGGUUUUGGCAGAAUGUCCGGUAACGAAAGCUCGGGCCUGUGAACUGACCCUCCCGCACGGGCCGGUGAAGACCCCGGUGUUUAUGCCGGUGGGAACUCAGGGCACGAUGAAGGGAGUCACUGCGGAUCAGCUGCGGGACCUGGGAUGUGAGAUCUGCCUGGGGAACACCUACCACCUGGGGAUGAGGCCGGGUCCAGAGAUAAUGAAGAAGGUGAACGGUCUACACGGCUUUAUGAACUGGGACCGAAACCUUCUGACAGACAGCGGUGGAUUUCAGAUGGUGUCACUGGUGGAGCUGUCCAAGGUGACGGAAGAAGGAGUGCACUUCACAUCACCGUACGAUGGAAAAGAGAUCCUCCUGACCCCGGAGAAAUCUAUUGAGAUCCAGAAUGCGCUGGGGUCGGACAUCAUGAUGCAGCUGGAUGAUGUAGUGAGCAGCACCAUCUCAGGUCCGCGUGUGGAGGAAGCAAUGUACAGAUCCAUCCGCUGGUUAGAUCGAUGCAUCAGCGCCAAUCAGAACCCGGAGAAACAGAAUCUCUUCGCCAUUAUACAGGGCGGUCUAAACGCCGAGCUACGCAAGAAGUGUUUGGAUGAGAUGACCAAACGCGACGUUCCUGGCUUUGCCAUUGGUGGACUGAGUGGGGGUGAGGAGAAGGACCACUUUUGGAAGAUGGUGACUCUCAGCACUGACUACUUACCCAAGGACAAGCCUCGAUACCUUAUGGGAGUCGGAUAUGCCACAGAUCUGGUGGUUUGUGUCGCUCUCGGCUGUGACAUGUUUGACUGUGUGUUCCCCACCAGGACCGCGAGGUUUGGCUCGGCGUUGGUUCCCUGGGGUUCUCUCCAGAUAAAGAGCAAGCAGUUUGCCAAAGACUUCCAGCCCAUAGACAAGGACUGUAAAUGCCCCACGUGUCAGAGAUACUCCCGCGCUUAUAUCCACGCCCUGUUCAAAAGUGACACCGCGGCCAUGCAUCAUAUAACAAUCCAUAACAUUGCUUACCAGCUGGCUCUGAUGCGCUCGGUGCGGGAUAGCAUUCUGGGCGGACGUUUUCCGCAGUUUGUGCAGGACUUCAUGAGAACCAUGUACAGCACAAAGGACAAGUACCCCCAGUGGGCCGUAGAUGCCUUAAAGACUGUCAGUAUCACCCUAGAGUGACUCCUUGAGCUGCUACGUCCUAGACCAACAUUCCUUCAUCUUCUCACACCCCACAGGAUGUCCUAUCUGGAAAACGGUUUACCAAAGAGUAGUGUCUGCCAGUGAUCUGCGGUGGUGCCAUCACUGGAGAAACCCCUGAUCACGGUCACACGGAGAUAAGAUUCUUCUUGGGACAGCUGGGUUACAAUCAAUAUGGCUCAUGGCAACUGCAGACCUCUGGCUAGUGCAAAACUACAACUCCCAGCAUGCCCGGACAGCCAACGGCUGUCCGGGCAUGCCGGGAGUUGUAGUAUUGCAACAGCUGGAGGUUCACAGUUUGGCGACCACUGGUAUAGACUAUAACCAUAUCUCCUGCGUCCAUCUCUGUUCCAAGACUGGAGGAAAGUUUUUUUUAUUUUUAUUUUUUCUCAUUUUUCUUGUAUUUUUAUCUUUUUAAUGUAUUUCUUCACUAUUUUAAAACAAUGUAUGUUUGUUUGUUUUUUUACCAAUAAAACAGA